AAAGUGGGCUACCUCUCAUUUUUGUUUUCGAGGGCUGAGGCUUCGUCCUUGGACAGCCAUUGGAUGGUAAAGACAUCGUUCAUCAUCAGACAAGGUGCGUACUACACUCCUCUUUCCAACUUGUUGCAAAUUCAACCCUCACUAGCUUGGUGCAGCCGUAGUCUCUGUGGGCUAUGCUAA